AUGAUCAUGGACCGAUCUUGGGCCAGCCAUGCCCCCCACUUCCCCCCCCACCCCCCACCCACCUCUGUGCCGGCCCUCCCCCGUGCUGCCCGGCCCCCUCUGGCCUUGGCGAGCCCACUCGGGGGUCACCAGGCCAUGGAACUGAGGGCUCUCCAGCUGGCCGUCCCUGGAGCAGCCCAGCGGCGACAGGAGGGGGCCCAUGGGAGGGGACAGCAGGGACGGCCCGCCCCCAAGCGCCGUGCUCAGCUUGAUGGGCGUGACUGGGCAGGAAGGGGGGGUGGGGUGGGGGGUAGGUAG